AUGCUGGCCUCUCUCCUUCGCCCGAAAGCACGGCGCGGGCGGAUUGACCAGUCGCAAUUUUCCUCGCCUUUCACAGCGACAGACCAUUCACCAUGGUUCGGUGCACGACGCGGUCUGCGAAACACGCGUGGGGCAGAUUCCAGCGACGACGAGCCUGGGCUCGAGGAUAUCGAUGAGGACAUAGGUGGUCACUGGGAGCCGGAAAAUGAGGAAGAGGAUGACGGUCCUAUAGAGUCAACCCCGCUGCUCCCAAUCUUCUCCUCUUCGCAUUUGGAUGCGCUGCCCGUAUACGAUAUCACCCAUGCCAUUCGUCCCUUGAUCGCCUCACGAUGCGAAACCACACUGACCUGGGACCAACUCCGCUCUCCCCAAGUGUCGCAGUUCCUGAUCAAACCUAUUCAGCAGCAGAUCAUGUCUGAACAUUUUUCGCGAGCUACCCUAUAUGCCCUGAUGGCGAACUGCCUGCAGUUCGAGAAGGAGAUUCAUGUCAACCCUGGAAACAGCGGGGCAAGUCAGACCCGCGCGAUGGUCAGCGAACUGCUUGCGAUUAAGUUGCUGCGGGAAUACACGACUCGCGAAUUGAUCGAUGCGCUAUCGUAUGACUUUGAUCCACUACAGGGGCAUGAUAUGCCCACAGCGUGGCCGGCUGGUCCACCACAGGGAAAAGUUGCGGGUACUGCUCGGAUAUCCUGUCUGGAGGUGGCCAUUCGGGCGCAGGCAAAACGCUUCCUAGCGCAUCCAGUAGUGGUACAGCAAUUGGAAGCCAUUUGGGCGGGGACAAUCGUCUUUCACUCCGCUGCUGAUCACUUGCAUCGGCCUUUGAACCGAUCGUCCAUGGGGGAUUAUAACUACGGAACCACGACGGAUCAAAAUGGGAUCCCGAUUCAGACUGGAAAUGCGACCUUUCGGCGCUCUGUGACCUUGUACAACCCCCAAAACGCGUCAUUGUUCAAACUUUCGCGGUUACGUGUGCCUCGUUAUAGACAAUUUCUAUCAACGAUAUCGUUCGCGGUCUUGCUUGGUCUGUUCUUGGCUGUUCUUGAACAGCGCAGUGGCCGGAUCACAUCUUUGGAGAUUGUAUUUUGGUUUUGGAGUGCAGGAUUCAUGCUCGACGAAAUUGUUGGUUUCAAUGAACAAGGCUUCAGUCUUUAUCUGAUGAGCUUUUGGAAUCUUUUCGAUCUCGGGAUUCUGCUGCUCCUGUUUUGUUACUAUUGCCUGCGUGUCUACGGUGCUUUCCUGACUUAUCCACGGAGCAACCAGAUAGCCGAUCAAGCAUACGACAUUCUGGCUGCCAGUUCCGUCCUUCUCUUUCCUCGUCUGUUCUCAAUCCUUGAUCAUUACCGUUACUUCUCCCAACUGCUGGUUGCGUUUCGAAUCAUGGCAUCCGAUCUGAUCGCCGUCUUUGUGCUGAUUGUAAUUGCGUGCAGCGGCUUUUUCGUCGCAUUCUUGUCUUUUGGAAAUGACAACUCUCCGAAGACCGUCGCGUAUGGCUUAUUUCAGAUGGUGAUGGGAUUUACACCGACUGCGUGGGCGAUGUGGGAUGAGUACAAUUUCCUCGGCAGGACCAUUCUCACGGUCUUUCUCUUCAUUUGUCACUUUGUGAUCGUCACCAUCCUUGUCUCCGUACUGUCCAACAGCUUCAUGCGGAUUGUGAACAACGCUGAUUCUGAGCAUCAAUUCUUGUUUGCUGUCAACACCAUAUCCAUGGUCAAGUCAGAUGCGCUGUUCAGCUACGUGGCCCCAGCAAAUGUCAUUGCUUGGCUUGUCACGCCGUUCCGGUACCUCAUACCUUUCCGUCAAUAUAUCAAGCUUAAUAGGACCAUCAUCAAAGUCACACACUUGCCAAUACUGUUCACUAUUUGUCUCUACGAAAAGACCAUUCUCAGUGCUCGUGUGAUGGAGCCGAUGGACCUUGUUGACGCAGCAUCCCGUCAACAAACAUCGGCGCAGACCCGACCCAGUCGGUUCCAGGCAUUUAGCACGAGGGCGCCACGCUUAAUGCGAGAGCCGUCGGUGGCUACAUACCAGAAAGAUCAGGCCCUGGAAGAGGUCUUCCGACAGCAAACCACUAGCGACCGAGCUCGGGAUAGGCCGGGCAGCAUGCGCAAACACCAAACCAAUAAUGUCAUCAAGGAUUGGAUGCAAGAGAUUGGUUCCGGGCCAGCUAAUACCCCAGAUGAGGAAGACCGAGCUAUUGUGGAUCGGCUUGAGAUGCCAUUGCGACGCCCUCAGCUCCCAAUGCGAAAGACAAUGGAUUCACAUGGGCGCAAUUUCACAGAAACUACUCGAUCUGUGGCAGCAUCCAAUCCUGAAGAACGAAUCAGUUAUUUUGCCAAUCCAGCCUUCUACCCCCGACGGAGAGAUUCGAUAUCGCCUACGCGAACCCGCCUUCUCUCUCAGCACACCGACAUGGAAGGAGACGAUGAGCUCGACAGUGAUGAUGGCUCCCAUGAAGAGCAUUCGGAAAAGGGAUCCUUUACUGACGGUGCCAAUCCGGCCGGCAGUAUGGAGAAGACUACCCCCAAAUUCUACAGCUCCCGACCAUCCACUGCCAGAGUCAUAUCCAGACGAGAAAGCCCAGUACGCCGCCCCAGACACACACGAAACAUUUCAGGGGCUACCAUGCUAUACAAUCCCGUUGGUUCGCCGAAUGAAGAGACUGAAGGAAGAACAACACCCCCACGGCCCCACGAAGACUCCUCAGAUGACGAUCAUCCGCCAGGCAUAUCAACGUCUGCAAAUAUUGGCACUGUGCGACGACAUGCUCUUAACGCUGUCCUCUCGCGCAACCCCUCUCUAGGCUUUAACCACAUGUCCGUCCCAGAAAUCGAAGGGCUAUAUCUAUCCGACCGUCCAUCUGCCCGACGAGCCCCACGAUCACUGCUAUUCGAUCUCGGAUCUGAUCUAGGCGAUAAUAAGGCUGUGGCCGGUGGCUUUGCGGGUGUGAUCCCAUCCAGCUUCAACACCCAAAUGGCUCUCGCUACCGGAAAUCUCCGUCGGGACGGACCCAGCCAAAGCCAAGACAUGCUCAGCAAAUUAGUCCUUGCUCGCAUGAACAACAUCGAGGAGGGAUUCCGCGAGGUCAUCAAAGAGGUCAAGGACCUCCGCCGCACAGGAUCCAGCCGUAGCCUCAGCCGCAGCCGACCGGAUGAAUCCCGUCCUCCCACGCGCGAGAAAAAGAAGCGGGCGGAGAAGAAAGAUACCAAAAAGCGGAGACCCCACUCAGAUGGAAGUGGGCGAGGUCGUGAUGGGCAACCGUCUGAGCGUGCAACUCAGCGAUCGAGCUAA